AAGAGAGAGAGAGAGAGAGGGAGCAAGAGAGUGGCAGAGCCAGAAGCAGAGCGAGAGAGAGAGCGGAAAAGUCUCGGUGUAUUUCUUUUUUGAGUUUUUCUUUGGUGCAAUUUCCAGGCCAUCCCUCUCGCUCUCGCCCGUGUGAUUUUCCUUUUUUCCGCUUUUAUUAUGUGUUUUUUUUUUUUUUCCUUUUUGGCCACAAGUAACAAGCGACUUCUCUCUCACUUACGCCAGCACAGGCUCACUUAUACACACACACAAACACACACUUACACAGAGAGACCGCAAUGGAAAAAUGGGAAAUUUUUUGCUGUGGUUGUUGUUGCGGCGGCAAUGGUGGUUGCUCGAUAUACCGAUAUAUACCUGCCCCGGCACCCUUAAAAGCGCGCCUGUGUGCGUAGGUAGCCAACCACACCACCAUACCGCCCAGGAUAAUGCGAGCAAGUGAGAUAGCGUUAGCAGCGUGCGAGCGAGACAUAACAUAAACGCCGGCAGAGACGACAGCAGAGGCGGCGAGCAGCGCAUUCCACUUUAAAUACUGCCAACGAUCGCAGCAGAGAAUCAGUUCACUCAGCGACUUUAGCGUGUCGAGAACGCACAGAGAAAUAAUAAUAUCGAUUCCGAUUUCGAUUUCGAGAUACCUUACAUCCAAUCCAUACCAUUUAGAUUCGAAACAAAAUCGCGAAAUUCAGAAAAUCAUAUAUUUAAUACCCGAAAACCGAACACGAACGAAUUUUUUCCAAGUGACCCCGAGAAAGUGAAGUGAAGAAUAAAUCAUAGAAAGCUAAAGCCAAACGAGCACACACACACUCCAAGGAUUACGAUUACGAUUUCGAGUUUCGGAUACGAGAUGCAUCUGCCAGCGGGUCCCACAAUGGUGGCCAACAACACACAGGUCCUGGCCGCCGCCGCUGCCGCCGCCGCCGCAGCCGCAGCAGCAGCAGCCGCUGUCCAGGUUCCUGUUCCCCAGCAGCAGGGCAACAACAGUUCCAAUGCGAAUCCCGGCCAGAGUCUGGCCAACACCAGCACUCAUUCGGCCAGCAGCACUGGCAGCUCUACCCCGGAUCUAAGCACGAACAACACCAGCUCCAGCAGCAAUGCCACCACCAGUCCCCAGAACUCCGCCAAGAUGCCCAGCUCGAUGACUGAUAUGUUUGCCAGCCUGCACGAGAUGCUCCAGGAAUACCAUGGCGAACUAGCCCAGACCGGCUCUCCCUCGAUCCUCUGCAGUGCCCUGCCCAACCAUUGGCGAUCGAACAAGUCCCUGCCCGGUGCCUUCAAGGUGAUCGCUCUUGAUGAUGUCCCCGAUGGCACAUUGGUGUCCAUCAAAUGCGGCAACGAUGAGAACUACUGCGGCGAACUGAGAAACUGCACCACCACCAUGAAGAACCAGGUGGCCAAGUUCAAUGAUCUGCGCUUCGUUGGCCGAUCGGGACGCGGCAAAUCCUUCACCCUGACCAUCACCAUCGCCACAUACCCAGUGCAGAUCGCCAGCUACAGCAAAGCCAUCAAGGUGACCGUCGACGGGCCACGGGAGCCAAGAAGUAAGCAAAGCUAUGGCUAUCCUCAUCCCGGCGCGUUUAACCCCUUCAUGCUGAAUCCCGCUUGGUUGGAUGCCGCGUACAUGACCUACGGCUAUGCGGACUACUUCCGCCAUCAGGCAGCUGCCCAGGCGGCUCAGGUUCAUCAUCCUGCCCUGGCCAAGUCCUCGGCUUCCUCAGUGUCGCCCAAUCCUAAUCCAUCUUCGGUAGCCACCAGCUCUUCAUCGGCCGUUCAGCCUUCUGAAUAUCCUCAUCCAGCGGCAGCUGCGGCGGCGGCGGCGGCGGCGGGACAACCUGCUGCUAUGAUGCCAUCACCACCGGGAGCAGCUCCUGCCACGCCCUAUGCCAUGCCCCAGUUUCCUUUCAAUCAUGUGGCAGCAGCAGCCGCCGCCAAGGCAGCCACACCCCAUGCCUUCCAUCCGUACAACUUUGCGGCGGCAGCUGGCCUGAGGGCCCGCAAUGCUGCACUGCAUCACCAGAACGAGCCGGUCCAUGUCAGCCCUGCCUCUUCGCGGCCAUCCAGCUCCUCGCCCACCCAGCAACACGUCCUGCUGAAGCUCAACACCUCCAUCGAAACGAGCUCCAUCCACGAGCAGUCCGCCAGCGAUGGCGACUCCGAUGACGAGCAGAUCGACGUGGUCAAGUCGGAGUUUGACUUGGACAAGAGCCUGGAUGUGGCGCCCCUUCGCAUGCGCUGCGACCUGAAGGCACCAUCGGCCAUGAAGCCGCUCUACCACGAAAGCGGUCCUGGAGCCGUGGCCAAUAGCCGCCAGCCAUCGCCGGAAACGACCACCAAGAUCAAGAGCGCCGCCGUCCAGCAGAAGACCGUGUGGCGGCCGUACUAGGUCCCCGGAAGAAACUGGAGGAGAGGGUAAACGGAAGAGAAACAAAGUGAUAAAUCAGCGGCGGCGCAGAGCGGCAAGCGGGCAAAAAUUAUAAUUGUGAUAUAGUGUUAUAAGUUACGACGCCUCCGGCCGGCAAACGGAGCAGCCUCAUCAGAGUGGGACGAAGAAGGAUAUUCAGCAGCAGCAGCAGCAGCAAGAAAAACUAUGAAAAACCAAAAAAAAACAAGGAUGCAAAAAGGAUAAAGGAGCCAACUCCUCCUCCUGGACAUCAGACUCCGGCGAAGUUUUAUGCUCGGAUUCAUAAAAUCGUGCGACGAGUUUGAAACACAGGCCCUCGAUUUUCACCAGGAUUUCAAACUGAAAAAUCCCAGCAGAAAGCAAAAAACUAGAAAACCAGAAAAUCAGAAAACAAAAACAAAAAACCAAGAAAAUGAAAAUGAAAACUCAACCCAAAAAGAAAAUACCAAGGAAAAGCAACUUUAGUUCAAUUUGAUUUGGAAACACAAACACACAUUUUGUACAUAGCUAACUAGUUGGUAACACUCUUAACCCUUAUUUUUUUUUUUUUUUUUUAGAACCUAUUUUUUUUUCGAUGGAUAAUAUGCGAAUUUAGCUAUUUUUAAUCUUUAUGUUUAACUAGUCGUCUAAGCGAGAAAUCAAUUUUUUUGUCUAGAAAUAAGUUUUAGCGCGAAAGGAAAUCUAACACAAAAAUC